AAUCAUGUAGAUUCAACUAAGGAUGGAGACUCGUCUAUCUAACAUAUUAUCACCUGAUUUUCUCUCCUCGAGUGAGGAGAGGAAACAUGACGAGUACUGGGCAAGGCUCCGGUCGGCCGACAACUCCUCCAAAUCGCUGGAGCAGGACUACGACAGACUUUGCAAUGAAACCAAUGCAACAAUUCCCGAGUUGUUCGAGAAGCGACAACCGGACGCCGCCUUUGGAACUCACCAGACUUUGACAAAAGACAAAGUGUGGCACUUGAUAGCAAAUCCGGAUGAAGUAAAGGCUCAGAUCAAAAAUGGAACGGUUUCUAAAAGACUGAAAAAUGAUGUUCUGAGCGCAUGUGACACAUUUUCAUAUACCAAUGAGGAAGAUUUUCUGAUCGCAAAGUUCAUAUUGUACAAACGGACUCUAGCAGGAAUCAAUGCAUUGUCAGCUACAUUUAGCCUUACUUCGAAGUCUAAGUCUUGCAAUGACGCAGCAAACGUGGCGUUGAUGCGAAAGUUAGCGACAGACCCGUUAAACCAGUCUAUUUUGUGUGCAACUACUGGACGAGAAUUAGACGGCAACUCGGCGUUACUCAGAGUAGCUGUGAAAUCUUUUCUAGCUCUGCUGAAAAGCCUUCUCAGACAUGACAUGUCUCAAAAUUCAGCACUUACCUCAACCGGUGGCUACUCAGGAGCUGGAAUUGAUGUCAUGGAGGCGGCCUUGGAGAUCAUUGGAUCGUUGCCCUCAGGAGUGUUCGCGCCUUCUACUGGGCUCCUAAAAGCAAGUGAAGAUUGCCUAGCUGAAAUUUGUCAGUUCCUAAAAACGUUCGUCCUCUCGAUAUCGGCUACAAGUGACACCUCAGUUAUUUCGUCUCAUUGCAUAGCGAUGGCGGUCGAGAUUCUGGUGAAUGUUGCAUUACUCAAGUACUCAACCACAGAGUUAUUGGAAAUUUUUCUACUGAUUUUAACAAUGAGCGAGCCAAUCAGAAAGGCUAAAAUGGGCAAAUCAAGAAUUGACAGAAUAUGUCAGCAGUAUUUUGCGGAUUCGGAUGCAAAACCAGAAACUAUUCUUGCACUUUCAAGUUCGGUAGAAGACAGCAUAAAUUUGGAAGAUAGUAUAAAACUUAUAAUGCAUUGUCUUGCAUCAAAAGCUUUUAAGCUGUCCCAGCCAAGCUUAUCUGUUCCAAAAAUGAAGCAAAAUUUAACGGUAUGGGGGAACGGGACAGAUAAUGAGAAUUUGACGGCAAAUUUUGAAGUUCUAACCAAUGGAUGUCUGCGAGCGCAUGCCGGAAAUUCGAUCAAUUUUUACAUCGACUUCCGAGGUCAGCUUUGGGUCGAACGAUUGAGUGAAGAUUCCAAAGGAAUCAUUGGACCUGUUGAACCCAAAGCCAGCAUGUUUAAUCACGUAUGCUUUUUAAAAGCAAGUACUUCGAUGAAUCAAGCGACGGGCGACACUUUGUUCUUAUCAACCACGGGAGAUGUUUAUAAAUUAUCAAAUCAGUCAAUCUGGGAAACAAAUAGCGACAACCUAAUGUCAUCUUUGAGUCCUGGCAUCAUUCGUGGCCACUUGGAUAAAACACGGGUUGUCGCGAUUUCGGCCGGUUACAAACACUGUGCAUGUGUGACUGAAAACGGCACUUUGUUCACGUGGGGAGCUGGAAGCAUGGGUCAAUUAGGCCACGGAGACUGUCUCUCAUGUGGAGCACCUCAGCCAGUGACGUCAUUGUCUCUAAUUGGCGACGUUGCAUGUGGCAAAUUGUGCACUUUUGUGACCUCGAUAGAUGCUAACAAAGUGUGGUCAUUUGGCCGACAGAACAAAGGAUGUCUGGGCCAACCUGAUGUGCAGCACGAUUCAAUUGUAAACGAACCGAAAGUGGUGAAGAAACUAUGCGGCCUUGAAAUCAGAAAGAUAGUUUGUAGUUCGACUGCAAGUUUGGCUCUCACUGCUGAAUACGAAGUGAUGUCAUGUGGAACAGGAGCUGCAACCGGCCACGGGGAUCCGGAAAGGGUUUACCCGGUGUUCAGGAACGUCCAGUCACUGGCAGACAUUGCACAUAUAUCCGCUGGAGCUGAGCAUGUAGUUGCAGUCAAUAAAACUGGCGUGACAUUUGCUUGGGGAUCGAAUUCGCAGGGUCAGUGUCUUAGUAAUCUAACAUGUGACACAGUCGUUGUUCCGACUAUAGUCCCAAAUGUGAAGAUGAACACAGUUAGACAUGUAAGUGCAGGAACGGCUCAUAGCAUUGCUUGUUAUGAGGUUCUGGAAGACGACGACGAAGAUGUUAUUUUGAAGCGAAUGUUCGAAAACUCGUCGGCCAAUAACCGCGAUCAGAUUUUAGCACUGAAGAAAAUUGUCGUUCAUGCGUUGAGCUCAGAGACAACAGCAAGUGAUGGCAAAACUGAAGAUAGAACGGAACCAGCAAAAGAGGAGCCAAACGUGACUUUGUUUAAGGACUGUUUCAAGCUCAUGUAUUUCUUAUUUUCGUCCGAUAAUUGCAUACCGUUCGAGCAGCAGGACAAAAUUGAACUGCGUGACCUCCUGUUUGAUUUCAUGGAUCUUUUCGACCAAUCAGAAACGGAUUUCAAAGACUACCUAGAACGACUGGUUUUGUGCAGCUUCGAGCAACUGUUUUCGUCAAUUGAAGACAAAUGCCAAAUACUGAGCUCUUGCUUGCGCAAAAUUGACGAAAGCGAGUCAAACGCCAAGCUGAAAACUUCAGAGUCUUUGAAAAUGACUCUAAUAGUUGACAGUUUGUACAAAGAUAGAAUCUAUCUUCAGGACUAUUUCAAAAAUUGCACUGAAGAUGCGAUCAACUUAUCGACACUGGUGCUAGAGAUAGUUUUCAAGGCUAUCAAUAGUUCAAGUCAACCUGAAAACUCUUCAUCAAUGAAUUGUGAAAGUUUCCAACGAUUUAUACGCCACAAUUUGUCGAGAUUGGCCAAAGUUCUGAGCAUGAACUUGCACGCUUUGUGUUCAAUGGGUGACCACAAAAAUUUGGAUCUUCUCAACGAACAUGUCAAUUUUGUCCUCCAAAACUUUGAAAAAAUACCUGUGAAUGUGAGUCAUGAUAAAGUUCUACAAACUAUACUCGAAAUAGUAUCCGAAUGCUGUCAUUGCUGUCUUACCCUUUCCACGCAGUUCUAUUCUGUUUGGGAAAAGUUAGUCCAAGUUCUGAAAUGUUGCAAACUCUGGACUCAAAAUUUGGGAUGUUCGGGUCCCUUUUCUGACACUUCGGUGCUUCUCAAAUUAGUGGAAGAUCUCGAACUGGCUGCGGCAUUUUAUCUGGGAAUCAUGACUCACUCAAGGAAUCAUCAAGCCGAUGAAUGCAAAUUACCAAUGCCUCAUUUAGUUGAAAACCAAGAAUCGCUGAAAAAAGUAUUUGAUCAAAUAGUGAAAAGUGGAAACUUCACACUCCUUGAAAAUGAGUUGGUCUCAGAAAAAUCGAGCUUAGAAAUCAAAAGUGGAACUAACUUCAUAAGAUCUGCAUUGGAAACUUCUGAAAACACGUCAGAGUCGGAUGAUUCUUCUACAAGUUUCCUGCAUUCGGAAGUUUUCUCUCAGACUGAUGUUGCACAAACAGUUACUGAACGAUUUUCUAAGUUUUACGAGCACAUGAUGCAAAACGCGGUGCAGAAAAACUGGAGGUCAUCAACUAUUUUGGAAGAUGAACAUUUGAACUUAGUUUCGAAAGCGUAUAUCACUUUGUUGGUUAGUUUCUGCGAGUUAGAAUGUGUUGAAAAAAUAGAGGGAGAAGUGUUGGAGAGAGCAUACAAAAGCGUGUUCAAUCUACGAAUGAAGCUUCUUCAGAUGAAUGCGGCGCAGGCUGUGCAGGUCGAAAACGAAUCUCCAGAAUCAUUGGAGCCAGUGGAGUCACUACCCGAAGGUUCUAAAACUCCUGUAAGAAGCGAGUCGUUCAAACGAGCGAUCUGCAGAAUUACUAGUUUGGUCAUAACUAUGAUAACCAGUCUUAAAUUGGAUGAAAGUAAAAGUUGUGAUAGUGACAAUGUCACAAAAACUAGCGCACUUUGCGAUUUCUUUGAAACGUUGACGACUGAAAUCUUGCAGGACAAGUCGGUUGUCGCAUACGACAUCACAAGUGAAUUCGACGUCUUGAAAAGUUGGUUCGAAUCUAGACUGCAGAAAGCCGAAGAAAAGUUGAGAAAAUUGAAAAAUAUUAAUCGAAUGAUUCAGUUGGUAAUGGAUAAUGCGAAAUCGUCCUCAAAAACAGAAGACUUGUUCGCGAAUGAAAAGGUCAACCUCAGUUCGCUUUUCUUUAGAGGAAUGAUUCUGGGUGGUCAUCAAUCCCCCCUGCUUCCAGAAGCAGCGUCUGAGUGCAUCGAUUUAGUGCCGGCAACAAUGCACAGUAAUGCCGAUGAAGUAAAACAUGAAAUAGCCGAGCUAUGUUUAGGCGCAUCUAUGACUCAGAAGGAAACUCUGGGAAUGUUGUAUGUUUUGAUAGACCUCGACUGUUUGUCGAAGAAAAGUGACAUUAUCCCGCCGAUAGUUUGGUCUACUUUCACUAGUAGAGUGAUCAGCAAAUUGGGAUCGGGACCUGAAUUCCCGAAAGAUUUCUAUGACCCUGCAACUGCUUUACCGCUUGUUUUCUCAUGGGCCUUGGAAUCAACCGUCAUGAGCCCACAAAACGAGUGGAAAGAUUGCUCACAAUUUGAAGAAUCGGUUUUGAGUUCGAUUCUGGAUAGAUUCAAAGUGUUUGCGACGCAGAAAAUUGAGCAUUUCAACCACGAUCCAAAUGACAACGAGGAAGAAAUUGACGAGUUUGAAUCAAGUAGAACAGAAGACGAGCAACUUCAAAUAAGAUUGUUCCGAAAAGUCGGCUUCAACGUAGAUGCAAUCAUGAUUCGCAAAAUGUAUCGAACAAUUUACUUCACUUUUCAGCUGGCGACACUAAAAAACUUUGUCAACUCAGACUACGCUGAAAAACUAAUAAACUGCCUUAUUUGUUUGCUAGACUGCAAAAAAGACGCAAGCAUGUUAGUUUACUCAACAAGCGCAGCUUUUAAAUUUCUGGUCUUGACUGUGAUUAAAGAGCUCAUGGAAAAGUACUCGGAAGAGUUCUCCCGUGAAACCAAGGAAACUAUCAUUUCGCGACUUCUGACGUGCAUUAGCGUGCAAAGUUGGUCAUGGCCUAAAUUCGUGUCGUUGAAGAAAAUGGUCCGCAAAAAGUCUCAAUGGAUGGAGGUUCAAAACUGCGGGUUCAAGGCGGCACUUCAAAAUAACAACCGAUGUGCUCUGACUGCAGACAGACGUGAAGUUACCCGAACGAACCCUAGCAUUGCGUAUUACAUGGUGAAUUGUCCAAUGACGUUCGGCUGUUUCUCGUGGCAAAUUGAGGUUGUAGACGAAAGAAAUUCAAGCACGGAGUCGAUCAGUUUAGGAAUCUCACAAAAGCCUCAGCUGAACUUUUUCGACGAAGGACAAUUGGAAGGUCUUUCCUGGCUGUAUAGAAGCUUUACGGGAAAUUUGGUUCCUGUGAGUGCGGCAGCAAGUAACUUGCAACCAUACGGAAAAGGAGACUUGAUUACAUUUGUGUUUGACGUAGAUGCGAGAAGUCUGUAUGUGCGCAAAAACUGGGACCCGUUUCAGCUUGCGUUCGAAGAGAUCAAAAUUAACAGACCGCUUUAUCCAGUAGUAAUAUUCCACUCAACGCAAAGUUGCAGGCAGAAAUUGAAGCUUACACAGAUCCAGUUUUGUCAGAUAUGCCCCCUCUCAGAGCCGGUGUUCCAGCAACCGAAGGCUGCAUUAUCACCAGACGCUGUAGCAUCAGUUGAAAACAUUCGAGAAUUAAUCUCGAGCAUACACGUAAACCCCAAUUGGAGGCAAGCUGUGGAAACAAAAGUGUUCGAUCCCUUGAACGAAUCAUCGGCAAAGUUUCUGGAGUCGAGUACUGCAAAUGUGAUGGAAAAUGAGGUAUGGUCUAGUCUAGUUGUGAUUGGAGGACUGAAUGAUGCAUAUUUUGUGGGGAGAAAAUGCAUAGAGAAAUCAACUGGUGAAAAUUUAAUAGUCUCAGGAGGCGCUAGGAUUCCAGACAGCUUCGAAAUGGCAUGUUGCGCCGGAGCUGACAGCAAACAGAACUUCAGCGUGAAAAACAUGCCGACCUCUGCGUUUGAGUUGGCAAGUGCAGGAUUCAAAGAAGGCUCACAAGCCAGCUUAAUGGUCGACCAGUUGACCCCUGAGAGGCUAGAAGUCCUGCUGGAACUCUGUAAUUUUGAAAACAAAGAGACCGCAUUUCGACAAAACGAGGAGAGUAAUACAAGGACAUGCCAGAUAUCCAGUCUGUCGCAAGUGCUAGAUCCGGAAACAUCAUCGGCAAUUCAAGAAGCAAUCGAAAUUCUGGACUCCUCCGCUCCGAAUGAAAGCACACAAAACGCGGUCAUAACUGCUGAAGAUUCGUUAGUACACUUGAGCUUUAAAACGGCAGCUAUGAAAAGUCUUCACAAUGCAUUUGCCAUCUUGCACCAGAAUGAUAAAUUGGUUGGAAAUGAAAAGUACAACGUCUUUCUGAAGAAAUUAAUGACCAUUUGUAUAAACAGUGAUGCGUGUCAAAGUCAAACGAGCGCCAAGUUCGAUUUGCUAACGAUUAGUCACGUGCUGAUGAAGAAAGUUUUCAAGAAAUAUUUCUCAAUAAUCGUGAACAAUUUGUCGUUCAGCUCGCUCUCAGAAGCAUGUGUUCAUCCGAUACUCCCAGGAUUCCCCAACAGCCUGCAAAGAAGUUUGUUGAACAACUCGAUUAGCAGCUUCUGGAACCCCGUAGCCGACACCAGUACGACGAACGCGAACGCAGACAAUCGCUACGUCCGCUUUCCACCCUUGCCUCGAGCUCCGACAGCUUCGGAAGGAAACAACUCGACGCUGUUGUCGUCGUAUUUGAACGACACUGAGAUCAUGUCUUCCUUAACUCAAAUGGGCUUCGAAACCAACCGGAUCCGAUCAGCGAUGCGGUCGCUCCCAAUUGUUGCAUCUCGGUCGAUCUCCAGGUCGGUAAAGUUGAACGCAAUUAUAACAUGGUUGCUGGAAAACCCAACCGAAAACUCAGAGAGUGUUGAAAGUGAAAGCACAAUUAUACCACAACAGGCUGAGGCGUCGCGACAACCUCUAGCGGCACGUCGAACAACUGCACGUGCACUUCCUAGUAUAGAUGACUUGUUCGGGGAAGGCGAGGAAUCCGAAUUGGCGAUGUUGUCUCCUUGGAUGUGGACGGAUCCAUGGGGAAGUAUGGCUCCAGUAGUGCCGACUACAACAUCAACUGAAGCGAGUGCAAUGGCGCGAGCAAGUGUAGAGAACCGAGUUUCGAAUGAAUUGAGACGAAGGAGAGUUCGCAUUGUUCACGACGUGGAAAGACGAAGAAACCAAAAUGACACAGAUCAACAGGGAAGCUCAUCGAACCCUUCUCAUUUUACAAGUUUACUGUCGCGCAGAGUUUUUGGAAAUUCAGAAAUUCCCAGGCCAAGAUAUAGCGAACGGGAGCCGACUUUCUUUGACGAUGCGCAACUUGAGCAUGAUUCUACGCUACAUGAGGAUGUUCAGUUUUUGGAGGAGUUGCAACGAAGUCGUAUUCAGCAACAAGGUGACGACGAAUCUUCGACGUUGAACCAAUUCGGGAUUUCGGGAAGUUUCUUGGAAGAUAUGGCGAACGCUUCUUCAUCCUCAAUUGCAUACUGUGAAUUCUGCGAAACAAGAGUUGAUAACUUUUUUGAGCACGCUGUUUCGUAUCACGGGUGCAAAAGCGUGCAAGAGUGUCUGCUAUAUAAUUCAAACGGGAAAUGUUCCGGUGGUAGGUGCAUAGAUACUUGUGGGAGACUGAGAAGGUCAAAGAUGCAAGGAAAAUAUUGGUUUGCCUAUUGCACCACUUGCAGACAAAACGGAGAGAGACGCAGUGCUGAUCCGCAUGAAGUUUCGAGCUCUCAUUCGCCGAGUAAUGAAAGUUGUCGCACUGCAUGCAAGUCGUCGAAAGUUGCUGUGUGCCGAAGGAAUAUCGGCCUGUCGCCCAAUCGAAGGCACGCAGAUCCGGUUAUAGUGCAAGGGGCGGACAAAAUGGGGUUCAAAGAGCUUUUUGGCAAGCCCGCAAAAGAAACGUCGAAGAAGAAGGGAACAAAAAACGAGCAAAGCUCGGCUCACGAAGAUGCGUAUUCCUACUUCGACAAAUGUGAUGUUAGAGACAUUUUCAACGUGCUAACUGCAAGAGUUAAGAACGCUUUGGUGUUACGUACAAUGAUGGCUUAUGUCGAUAGUUCCCAAAAAUCAGUUUCAGAAGUUGCAGAACGUUCUAAUGCAAUCUCACUACCAGAAAGCGGCGACUACCUUCUGAACCAACCUCAAACGCUGUGGAGCUACCUGGUGUUGGUGUCCGGAAAUGUGCCAGUUGAAAUCUCCGCCAAGUUUGGAGCUCACUUCUCAGAAACUGUUUCGUCUGCUAAAACGAUCGAGUAUAUUGCGAACAUGUGCGCCUCAUCAGUCGAAUUAUAUCAAUUUUUCUUCACAAAACUGUCGAGCAGUCUGGUGGAUCUGGCUUCAACUGUUAAUUACGGAGUUUCGAAUGUAGAGUUAGUCAAAAAUUUGGUUCGGAUUUUCAACAUUAACCUGAAAAUAGAAGGCAAUAUGCAACGCAAGGACCUGAUGAGUAUAUUGGACAACUUUUGUGCUUGCUUGUUGUCAUCCAAGUUUCCCUCAGAUCAAAAAGAGUGGGUUCUAAGAGAACUACUGCAAAGUUUGAGAGUCCUGAAACUGGCCAAGGUUAACCAUAACGUCCAUGUUGAUCAUCACAAUGACCUGCCAAAAUUGGAUGUUUAUUCCGUCAUUUUCCACAGGAAACCAAUAAAUGACAUUACAAUAUCACCAGAUGGGAAAAAUAACUGCUCGCUUUUCACCUCUGGAACUGGAAUUGAAUCAAACUCUAUAAAAGUUCACAAGCUUAUGCUGACACCGGAAGAGCCAGGGUGCUCCACGGGACUACACAAAAUAUUUCACGUGGAAGAUAUACCGAAAGACGUGCAAAUCAGCCACUUAUGUUGCAGCGUGAACCAAAAGUUUCUGUGUGCGGCAUAUGGAAAAACUCUACUCGUGGGUCUAGACUCAAGUACGUACAUGUUAAAGAAAACUCUUGAAGAUUUGAUCACGUGUGUAGCGUUUCCAGAGGAAAAGGAUUUCCUGGAAGGUUCCGCUGGGAUCAAAACGGCGACUGUCUACUUCGGAACCGAGACGGGGUCUCUGUUUGAAGUGGAAAUCUGCGGAACAACUGUGUCACCGCCUCGACAGUUGAAAACAUUUGCCCAUCCCCGUCCCGUGACUCACAUAGUAUGUCGGGGCCAAUCUAUUCCGUUCAUCUGUGCAUACAGCGAUGGAACAGUUAUCGGAAGAUAUGAGUUGAAUGAAGCUGCAGAAUGUCAAAAUGAAAACUGUUUCGAACUACAAUCGUCUUGUGAACGACAAAUCGAAAGUGUCAAAUGGACAACUAAUAAUGCCCUUUUGGCAUGGGCUGACUCGGCCGCGUGGAAUAGUUGCGUUUUCAGUAACGGCGAGUUUGAACUUGUAGAAAAACAUGACAUUGUUGAUGAUGAAAUAACAAAGUUUGAAUGGAGUUCAGUUUUCCAUUCAAGUGAUAAACUAGGGCCUGACUUUCAACAUCAAGAACAGCUGUCGGCAUCGAAGAAAACUGAAUCGUACCUUUGCGCUGUUGGGCAUAGAUCGGGUCAAGUUGCCAUAUGGAAAGUAACUUUAGAGUUACCUGUCAAAAAGAAGCCCAGUUUCUUUAGACUGGAAAAAGCGGAGAAGUCGAAAGUUAAAUCCACAUGCUGGGAUUCAGACGAAAGUUCUUCGAAUGAAUCGGACGAGGUGGUGAAAACGGAUGACGAGAAGUCGACUAAAGACAAGUCGAAUAAAACUCCCCGACAGCCCACUAAAAACGUGAUCAAAAUUUGCCUUUUCAGUGGCCAUAAUGAAAACGUUUCCUGCCUUCAAUUCAGCGGAAAUGGAGCAUUUUUAGCUUCAGGGUGUAAAUCGGGGUUGGUUAAUAUUUUUUCUGUCUAUGACCAAACUCUGAUCCAGACGAUACCGCACAAGAACCCAAUAAUCAAGUUACAUUGGCUAAAUGAUGGACUUCUUUUUAUGGAGAAGGAUACAAACGAGAUCAAUUGUGCGAGAAUUUCAAAUGAUUUGUUUCUGAGCGAAAUGAGAGAUGUGUGUUUUGCUAGAGCUGUGCUGUUCAAAAAUGGAAUCACAAACUAUUCUGAACUGACUUACUUCCAGACUUUCCUAGCUGGAUUGAAACAGACUUUGUGUCACCAGAAGAAAUCAGAAACGUCUGCUGUCAACCAGGGCGAUAGACUGAUUUACUCCGGCUAUCUGAAAAUGUUAUUGAGCCUAGCAUGUCAGCUAGGUCUGGAUCAAGCCUGGUGCUACAAGUAUAGCAGUCCAGAAAGCUCGGCUAGGAAACUCCCCGUUCCGGAAUGGGAAUGGCUCCGCGAGUUCCGACGGCUGAUGGAAAGGAGCAAAUCAUUGGCAAGGAUUGAACUGGACCCGGACGCUAAAUUCAGUUGGAGUAUGGAUCAGCAAAUUGUAGAUUGGUUUGCAACGAGGAGUCAAGAGUGGCAGUUUGGAGGCGAAUGUGAGCUGUAUAUGUGGGGAAGUUCCAAUUUUGGACAACUGGUAGAUAUUCCUGUUCCUUCCGAAACGGAACCCCUUUUAGACACCAAGUUACCUGUAAAAUCAUCUUUCAAUGAUGUAACGCAAGUUGUAUGUGGGCAAAACUGCACAUUUGUAAUUCAUAAUGACGGAUCAGUGUCUGGCUGUGGAGAGGGAACCAGUGCUAGACUUGGAAUCGGAGUUUCGGAAGACAGUCGAGUACUCGCUCCGGUAUCAACACUGUCUGGAUUUGUGGUUACUAAAUUGGCAACGUCAACUGGAUCCGAUGGACAUUCGAUGGCACUAUUGGAAUCGGGAGAGGUCUACAGUUGGGGUGACGGGGAUUACGGACGACUAGGUCACGGCAACUCAGAUCGCCAAAGAAUUCCAAAACUAAUUGAAGCACUGCUACGUGAAGAAGUGAUCGACGUCAGCUGUGGAUGGAAACAUAGCGCAGUAGUAACCAGCGAUGGAAAAUUGUUCACUUUUGGAAAUGGAGAUUACGGAAGGCUUGGAACUGGACAGAAAACGAACAAAAAGUACCCGGAGAGAAUUGCAGGAGAGCUCAGAAACGAACAAAUAGCAGCCGUCUCCUGCGGGGUAAAUCACACAGUAUGUCUGUCAUUUAGUGGGCAUAAAGUAUGGGCCUUUGGUGACGGCGAGAACGGGAAAUUAGGAGUAGGAAUGCCCACAACUGCUCACCUUAGUCCGAGACUGGUGAAACUUCCUUUCACAGUUUGCAAGAAAGCACUCUGCGGUCAACAGUUUACUCUGUUUCUAUCUGAAACUGGAAAAGUAUAUGUUUGUGGGUCAACCAAGUUCAGUGGUCUCAAAACAGCACGUGACAGGCUGAUUACGACUCCCGAAGAAAUUGAAGAAUUGUCUCACAGCUUCAUCGAGGAUAUCGCGGUCGGACCCGAACAUGUCCUAGCGCUUUCCGCUACCGGACAGUUGUUCGCAUGGGGAAAUAAUAGCAGCGGACAACUGGGAAGAAAGAACCCGGAAUUUAUUAAGCAUCCCGUGAUAAUUCAAGGUGUGCCUCCCGGGAUAAGACAAAUAAGUGCUGGACGAUCUCAUUGCGCUGCCUGGACAUCUUUUUCGACAGGCAAAUCGUCGCCGAAUGGACGCUGUUCGUUUCAGCCGAUGCUUGGAAAUCCGAAAGGCGUCCCAGAAAAAUACGACAGCUUGGUGACAAGUUCUAUAGGAUCAAUAAGGGAUCGAUUAGAAUACCUGAAUGAGUUUACCCAGAUGAUCCACAAUUCAUGGAGAAUUGUGGAACUAAGGCCGACGCUUGACUUGAGUCUGUUUUCAUUCGCCCUCGAUGCGAAAAGACUCGACAAUCUAAAAGGACUGAUUUCUCCGAAGCUGACUAGUAUGUUGUUGAACAAAUGUCUAAGUAGAACAAGUGUUCAAUCUGCCCAUCAUGGACCCCAGGUGUUCGUGAGACGGCUGGAAACUUGCACAGAUGGGGUCAAAUGUAGCUCGGUAUUUGAACAACUGUGCAAGCAGGUCUUGGCUUUCAACGUGGAGCAGUUGAGACUACCUUCGAGGGCUUGGAAAGUGACACUUAUUGGGGAAGGAGCAGACGAUGCAGGUGGAGUGUUUGACGAGAUCAUGGGGGAGAUGGUGCGAGAGAUCCAGCAGAAACUGAUGUGCGGCCUCCUCAUCCCUACACCAAACUCGAUUGCUGAGACAGGAAACAACCGAGACGCCUUCCUUCUCAACCCAAAAGCAACAACUGCCGAACAAUCGGAACAGCUGAAGUUUCUAGGAAUUCUAUUUGGAGUGGCAAUGAGAACGAGGAAACCCAUUGAGAUCGAACUGGCUCCUAUCAUGUGGAAAUUACUUGCGGGAUGUCAAGUGACUAUCGAAGACUUGCAGCAGGUCGAUUCAUGUUACGUCUCGAUCUUAAACAACUUGCUAGCUUUGGAUGAAAGUGUAGUGAACGAAGAGAACUUCAAAGAUCUGAUGCCGUUUAACUUCAACGAAUGUCAAAGCGCUAAUGGAGAAUCAGUUUCGCUGACAAGCAAGAAAAACGGAGCGAGCCAUUGGGUUUACGUGAACUUAAACACCAGGGACAAAUAUGUAGCCAAGGUGUUGUCAUAUAGGUUGAAUGAGUUCUCACUGCAAAUCGAGAAAGUUCGAGAAGGUAUGGGGUGUAUAGUACCCCUGCCUAUCAUUUCGCUGAUGACUCACACCGCUCUUGAAGAAUAUAUAUGCGGAUCAAAAACAGUCAAUGUUGAAGCUCUGCGAAAGUUUGUGAAAUACAGAGGUUGUGACGAAGAAACUCAGGUCAUAGUUUGGUUCUGGAACAUUCUAGAAUCUUUCGAAGAUGAACAAAAGAUUCUGUUUCUCAGAUUUGUUUCGGGAAGAUCGCGACUUCCGGCUAACGUUAAUGAAAUGUCACAAAGGUUUAUAAUUUAUUUCGCAAACGAUAAAACUGACGCAUUGCCAACAGCGCAAACGUGUUUCUUCCAAAUAAGGUUACCAGGGUACUCAAGUCAGGAAGUUAUGAAAAAUAAACUCCUCUACGCGAUCAAAAACUGUCAGACAAUAGACAUGGACAACCACAUGUUGAAUCGGGAUCCAAUGCGAAGGGUUCUAAGAGCAGCUGCUAUGAGUAAUGCCUUCUUCAAUCUGGAGGUCAACAACGCGAACAUUUUCGAACAGUUCCCUAUGCCAUCGAUUGUAGACCCUUCGACGCCCUUGUCAGUUCCCAGUCCUCGAGCUAUUAACGUGAGUUCGGAUACAGAAGAGGAUGUCGUCGUUGGAUCUGAGCAGCAGUCGGCCGAGUUGUUCAACCCAUCCGACCAGGAGCCAACUUCAACAGCACGACUGAGACGAACGUUUCAUUAUCAGACUCUCCCAUCUGGCGAUUAGAUGUUACAUUUGAAUAGAAACUGGUUUCGAUCUGGUUAUGGCAAAACUACAAAACUUUUAAUAAGAGUACUCAAUACUUUCAGAAAACUUCGUAUUCCAAAAAAUUUAAAGCUCCUAUAUUCAAAUUGAAAUAGAGUGAAAUUUAAGAAUGACAGUGUAUCUAUUAGAUAAGUUUGAAAUUUAGAUAGCAAUUAAAAAGCAAAAUUUCGAAAAUUUGAAAAAUUGUAAAACAA